GAGGGUAUGCACGCGGCAAAGGCGGGAGCGAGGCCCCGGGCUAGCUGUGGGUUAGGCACACGUGAAGGCAGGUCUCUCUCAGAGCCUGUCUUUCACUUUAGAGUUCGUACCUUUGCUCAGAAUUCAUAAGAGAGGCAGACUUUGCCGAGAAGCACUUCCUUCCUGGGGAGCUCACAGAGCCUUCUCAUCAUGCUGCCGGUGGGCCAGCUAUGCAGGUACCAAUCCGCGAAAGUCCUUCAGAUCCAAAGCAUAUGGGUCGGGACUCUGAAGAAUGCCUUUCUAGGGGCCAUCUGCAUCUACAUUUGCUUUGCUUUGGUGAGUGACAAGCUGUAUCAGCGGAAGGAGCCUGUUAUCAGCUCAGUGCAUACCAAGGUCAAAGGGAUCGCAGAGGUGACAGAGAAUGUCGUGGAGGGUGGGGUGAUGAAGCCACUGCACAGCGUCUUUGACACUGCGGACUACACCUUCCCUUUGCAGGGGAACUCGUUCUUCGUAAUGACCAAUUUUCUCAAGUCAGAAGGCCAAGAACAGAAGCUAUGUCCCGAGUUUCCCGCCGGCCGCUCUGCACUCUGUAAAUCUGACAGGGACUGUAAAGAGGGAUGGAUGGACGCACAAAGCAAAGGACUCCAGACUGGCAAGUGUAUACAAUAUGAUAAGAACAGGAAGACCUGUGAAGUCUUUGCCUGGUGUCCCGCUGAGGAGGGGAAAGAGGCCCCCCGGCCUGCACUCCUGAGGAGCGCUGAAAACUUCACCGUGCUCAUCAAGAACAAUGUUCACUUCCCCGGCCACAACUAUACGACGAGAAACAUCUUGCCAGAUCUGAACAUCUCUUGUACCUUUCAUAAGACUCAGAACCCUCAGUGUCCCAUUUUCCGACUAGGGGACAUCUUCCAAGAAGCUGGGGAGAGCUUUUCAGAGGUGGCAGUUCAGGGAGGAAUCAUGGGCAUUGAGAUCUACUGGGACUGCAACUUGGACAGCUGGUCCCAUCACUGUCAGCCCAAAUACAGCUUCCGCCGCCUGGAUGACAAGUAUACCAAUGAGUCCUUGAUCCCGGGCUACAACUUCAGACACGCCAAGUACUAUAAGGAAAACAACGUGGAGAAGCGGACACUGAUCAAAGUCUUUGGGAUCCGCUUCGACAUCCUGGUUUUUGGCACCGGAGGAAAGUUUGACAUCAUCCAGCUGGUUGUGUACAUUGGAUCCACACUGUCCUACUUUGGCUUGGCCACGGUAUUCAUUGACUUGAUCAUCAACACGUACUCGAGCUCCUUCUGCAGGUCCAGUGUUUACCCGCACUGUAAGUGCUGUGAAGUGUGUGCCGUCAACGAGUAUUACUACGGGAAGAAGUGCGAGCUGGUCGUGGAGCCGAAGGCGACGUUAAAGUAUGUGUCCUUUGUGGAUGAGCCCCACAUUCGGAUGGUGGACCAGCAGCUGCUCGGGAAGAGUCUGCAAGUUGUCAAAGGCCAAGAAGUUCCAAGGCCUCAGAUGGAUGUCAUGGACCUGUCUAGGCUGUCCCUAUCUCUCCACGACUCACUUCCCAUUCCGGGACAACCUGAGGAAAUGCAGCUGCUGUGUAAAGAGGUGGCCCCUGGGUCCGGGGACAGCCCAGGCUGGUGCCAGUGUGGAAACUGCCUCCCGUCGCGACUACCAGAGAAUCGCAGGGCCCUGGAGGAGCUGUGCUGCCGUAGGAAGCCGGGACCCUGCAUCACCACCUCCAAGCUCUUCUGGAAGCUCGUGCUGUCUAGGCAAGCACUGCAGCUCCUCCUGCUCUACCAGGAGCCCUUGCUAGUGCUGGAGGAAGAGGCCACCAACCGCAGGCUGCGACACUGUGCGUACAGGUGCUAUACCAUCUGGCGAUUCGGCUCCCAGGACAUGGCUAACUUUGCCAUCCUGCCCAGCUGCUGCCGCUGGAGGAUCCGGAAGGAGUUCCCCAAGACGGAGGGGCAGUACAGUGGCUUCAAGUGUCCCUACUGACAGCAUGGCUGCCACAUUGAGGUGGCUCACAGUGCAGCUUGUCUUACAACCUAGAGCCACAUUCUCAGACACAGGGAACUUAGUUUUUCUCCCUUGUCAGCCCUUUGUAUGUUGAAGACCUAGUUAGCCCUACCUGCAGGCGCACAAGCCCUCUCCACAUGGAUGAGAACCAGAGGCAGAUCUGAGCCUGGAGUCUGGCCCUGGGCUUUAGUGUACGUAGGCUCCUCAUUUCCCAGCCUGCUUUCUCUCUACUACCAUGAGCACAUUGAGAUGGUGUAGGUGACCUCUUGUAAAUGUUUACAUAGCUCCAUGGAUGCAAAGGUCCAACCCUAAAAACAAACCCUUUGGGAUUUGAGAAUGCCCUGAGAGAUUAAAGGUGGCCACAAAUUCCUUAACACCCCCAGCCCAACCCUCAAGACCCAAAGUCCUUGUUUUCCCGUCCCCAUUAUGGGCAGCUCUGGUGGCUUCAUCCAGUAUGGAUGUGGUGUUGCAUCUAUUUCAAGGCCUUGCUUUAUGAGGCUAACAGCUUCCACUUCCUGCCCUUGGAACUCUUGCUGAGGGAAGCCAGCCCAAGUAGAGAGUCCGGCUACAUUGCUGUGAGGAAGCCUGAGCAGCCCCACUGAGAAGUACCCAACCCUCUGCCAGCUCAUCCCCUCUAAGCCUGGUCACCACAUGGAGAGAAGCUGCCUUGAGGUGAUUCCAGACCCUACUAACAAGUGACUGAAACUGCAGGAGACAGGCCAAGCUCCAACAGCCCAGUCAACCUAGGGGACCAGUCUCCUGUCUUACGUCAUUACAUUUGGGGCAGGGGGGUUGGCACACAGCAAUAGGUAACUGGGACAAGAGGUGGACAUUGAGGUCUGGAGUCACUGCAAAUGUAAUGCCCUAUUGGACAGUUGUAAGAGGGCCCAUUAACCCAGCCUAGAAGCCAUCAAAUCUAACUUAAACAAGCCUGAUCCUCUUUGCUAUCCCAUGGUUCCAAGUGACUACUGUCAGAAACGGGUAAAAGCCACCUCUGUGCCUUUGACAUCCUGGACUUUA